AUGCCAAAGAAAUUGUACACAGUAAAGAAAAUAACAAGAUUUCAACAAGAUAUGAAGCAUGUUCUUCUUUGGACAGAUGUGCCAGGUUUUGAUGAAGAAGGACAGAGAAUAUUUCUGAAGAGAAAUUGCCAAACAAAAGGUUGCUACAUAAGUAAAAAUAAAAGUCUUUUCGGCGAUGUGAGGUAUUUUGAUGCUAUACUCUUUAAUGUGGAAGAAAUAAGUGAGAGGAAAAUAGAGUUACCAUCAGUUAGGAGUGGCUUGCAGAAGUAUAUCUUCGUUGCGAAAGAGUCAGCUGAUAAUUACCCAGUGUGUGAUGAAGUUUACGAUGAUUUCUUUAACUGGACUUGGACAUAUAGAAUCGAUUCAACAAUACCGUACAGGUUCUUUGCCGUGAGAAACCUUCAUGACCAAGACUUGGGGACAGGAUAUUUCCAACAUCACACGAAGAUUAUUGGACUAGACAAGUUCCUCAAAUCUCAGUUGUAUUCAAAGUCCAAGGCAGCCGUCAUCUUUUUGGACAAAUGUAAAAGCAGAAGCAAGAGGGAAGAUUUCGUUUUUGAAUUAAAUAAAGAGUUAGAAAAAUAUAAUCUGAGUGUAGAUGUCUAUGGUAAAUGUGGAAAGCAGUGUGCGAGGAAGACAAUGGCGCCAUGUUUCUGGAGACUGAGGAAGAAUUACUUCUUCUAUCUCGCUCUAGAAGAUUCUGUGGCAGUGGAUUAUAUAACGGAACAUAUAUUGUAUGGUUAUAAGUAUAACGCUGUGCCUAUUGUUUAUGGUGGGGCGAAUUAUUCCGAAUUCCUUCCAAAAAACUCUUACAUAAGCGCCGUGGACACCGACAACAAGCAUUUAGCUUCUCUUAUAAACGACUUGAUACAGAAUCGAAGCCGUUACUACGACUACUUUGAAUGGAAGAACCACUACACCGUAACGGACCACCCAGUUUUGGACCCUUGCAGUCUUUGCAGGACUCUGAAUUAUGAACCCUGGCUUACUCAUAGAGUAUCGUAUAUUUUCUUUAGAGAGUGGUGGAGUAGUAACUAUAAGACGCGGUGCAGCGAAGAUUCGAAAUUUACAUGGUUUUAA